CAGGUUAUGACAUUACGACGUCGUUCUCUGGAUUAUCGGGCCCCCUAUUAUCGGCCACCCCCUAAUCACAUCUGGAAUUCAGAACAGUUGGCGAGUGAGAGUGUAAAAAUGGGGUAUUUUGGAAACAGAUACUGGGUACUGAGACAUGGUAAAAGCAUUCCUAAUGAAAAGGGUUUGAUUGUUUCAUCCAUGGAUAAUGGCAAGCUUGAGGAAUACAAGUUAGCUUCAGAAGGUAUCGAUCAAGCUCAAUUGGCUGGAGAAUCAUUCCUAAAGGAGCUCAAGGAAAAUGGCAUACCAAUUGAAAAUGUACGAAUUUGUUAUUCUCCCUUUGCAAGAACAACUCACACAGCAAAAGUGGUUGCUUCAGUUUUGAAUAUUGAUUUAGAAGGACCUCAAUGCAAGAUUUUUGAAGAUCUUCGAGAGCGUUACUUUGGCCCUUCAUUUGAGCUUCAAUCUCAUGAAAAAUAUGCAGAAAUAUGGGAUCUUGAUGAAAAAGAUCCAUUUUCGAAGACAGAAGGCGGGGAAAGUGUUGCUGAUGUUGUUUCUAGACUCACGAAUGUGUUGGUACAGAUUGAGCGCGAAUUUAGAGGAUGUGCAAUCUUGAUAGUGAGCCAUGGUGAUCCGUUGCAAAUCCUGCAGACGGUAGUUGGUGCAGUUGGCGAACAAGUGGAACCCAAUGGUGUUGAGUUGGCAAAACGAGUGGAAGCUAUCAAAGUUCCAUCAGUUCUAUCACAACACCGAAAGCACGCAUUAGAAACCGGAGAACUCCGAUCAGUUGUGUGACUUCUCACUUCAUAUUAAGUGAGUGGAUAAUUGGGAAUUUAUGGGUGAUAAAACUAGGACGGAUACUUGACCUUAUUUAUUGAACCUUGAUGAUGAUCAAAUGUGAAAUAAUAAUAAUUGUUCUUGUUA